AUGAUCUCCUUUCUCGUUCUCAUCUUUUUGUGUCUCUUUCUUUCUUCGCCCCUUUUCCUUCUUCCUCUUUUUCUUUCGUUUCAUUCAUUUUCUUCUUCUUCUUCUUCUUCUUCUUCUUCUUCUUCUUCUUCUUCUUCUUCUUCUUCUUCAUUACUUCUUUUUUACUUUUCUUUUCUUCCCCCUUGUCUCUUCUUAUUUCUCUCUUUCUCGUUCACCGUUUUCUUUCUUUUUCGCCGUUUUCUUCUUCUUUAUUCUUCUAAAUCCUUUCGUUUAUCUUUUACUUCUUUUUUGUCGGUUUUACUCUUCCGUUUUAAACUUUCUUUCUUUCUUUAUUUCUUACUUUCAUUCAUUCUUUCUUUCUUUUAUUUUUUUCAUUCUUAUUUAAUUCUUUCUUUAUUUUAUUCUUUGUUUGUUUGCUUCUUUCUUUCUUUCUUUCAUUCUUUCUUUCUUUCAUUUUUUAUUGUUUGUUUCUUUCAUUCUUUCUCUCUUUUUCAUUUUUCUUUCAUUCUUUCUUACUUUCUUUUAUUCUUUCUUUCAUUCUUUCUUUGUUUUAUUCUUUCUUUCGUUUUUCUUUUUACUUUCUUUCUUUCUUUCUUUUAUUCUUUCUUUCUUUUUACUUUUAUUCUUUCUUUCCUUAUUUCUUCCAUUCUUUUUCUUUCAUUGUUUCUUUCUUUCUUUCUUUUUAUCAUUUUCUUUCUUUCAUUCUUUUAUUUUUAUUUCCUUCUUUCUUUCAUUUUUUCUUUCAUUCUUUCUUUCUUUCAUAUUUUAUUAUUUCUUUCUUUCAUUCUUUCUCUCUUUUUCAUUUUUCUUUUAUUUUUUCUUCCUUUGUUUUAUUCUUUCUUUCAUUUUUCUUUCUUACUUUCAUUCUUUCUUUCAUUCUUUCUUCCAUUCUUUCUUUCUUUUUUCUUUUAUUCUUUCUUUCUUCCAUUCUCUUUCUGCCUUUCUUUCUUUUCUGCCUUUCUUUCUUUUAUCCUUUUUUCUUUCAUUCUUUCAUUGUUUCUUUCUUUUUAUCAUUUUUCUUUCUUUCUUUAUUUCUUUUAUUCUUUCUUUCUUUCAUUUUCUUUCUUUCUUUCUUUCUUUCUUUCUUUCUUUCUUGUUUUCUUUUAUUCUUUCUUUCCUUCCUCCUUUCUUUCUUUCUUUUUUUCUAUUACUUUAUCUUCAUCUAUGGACUGA